GUGGCGCAUGUGCUAAGGAACCGGUUCUGUGUGUAGCACACCAGGAGACACCGACGUGCGGGAGAGACCAGGGCGAUGGACUCCAGGACGUGCCCAGGCUCAGUGGAGGGAGAGUCGGCUCAGCAUCUGCCAGCUCCCCUCAUCCUUGGGUCGUCCUGGAGGUGUCGGGGCAAACGGGCCCUGUUUCGGGCAAGCCACUGCUGGGGAAGCCCAGGCGCUGGAAGGGAGGCCCAGUCCUCACCAGCAAGAUCCAGAAUGAAUGUGCCAAGGGGGCAGCUUACUGGUGCAGCAACUUAAUGACAGCUAUCCAGUGUGGUGCUUUGGAUCACUGUGUCCAGACGGGGUGGAAUCAAGCCAGCAACGAGAGUGUCUGGAACAGAAGCAGCAAUGAGGACAUGUGUGCAGACUGCAAACAACUUCUCUCCAUCCUGGUGCGCAUGGCCAAGGAAUCCGCCUUUCAGAAAACCCUCCUGAAGUAUUUGGAGGAUGAGUGUACCAAUUUGCCACUCCAGACACUUAUCCCACAGUGCCAGGCCUUGGUCAAGGACUACUAUGCCCGUUUAAUUGCCAGCCUGGAAAAAAAACUGGAUCCCAGCAUCAUAUGCACCCAGCUGGGUGCCUGUCCAGCUGACCUUCCGGGAAGCCAGGAUGGCUUGAUGCAGCUGCUCCGAGGGCUGGAGCGGCUCCUUCCACAGCUGCAUGGCCAGGUGCCCACCCUGCCCAGUGGCCACACUCAGGAGGCCCCUGGAGAGCUGCUGCUCCCCAUCCCGCUGCCUCUCUGCUGGUUGUGCAAGACGUUUAUCGGCAAGGCCGAGUCUGUCAUCCCCAAGGCCACGAUAGGCAAAGCCAUGUCCAAGCUCUGCUACGUCCUGCCAGGGGCUGUGGCUGGCAUGUGCCAGUGCCUGAUGGAGAAAUACACGGUGAUCAUUGUGGACACCCUUGUGAGCAAGCUGGGCCCCCGCCUGAUAUGUGGAAUGAUGCUCAUGUGUGCCUCGGAGGAAAACUGCGGCCCAGAGAGCCUGGUGCCGGCUGCAGCCGAGGGGUGUCGGAUGUGUCUCCUGAUCAGCAGCCAAAUGACGGCAUCCCUCAGGGCAAACCGCACCCGGCGGGCAGUGGAGGCAGCCUUGUCCAGCGCCUGCAGCCCUUCCUUUUCCUCCUGGCCUCAGUGCCACCACUUCAUCUACCAGCACCAGCCAAAGCUCUCCGCACUGCUGAUGAAGCCGUGGGACCCCCAAACGAUCUGCCAGGAACUGGGGGCCUGCACAGCUGAGCAGCUUUUGCCGAGGGCCACUCCUUGUGCCCAGGGACCCACUUACUGGUGCUCCAGCUUGAGUGCCGCCAAGCAGUGUGAGGCCAUACAGCACUGCCAGGACCACGUGUGGUUGUAACCGAGCAAGGAGGGCCCAGCUUUUCCCCCCUUGACUGAUGAUGAAGGAAAUAAUCUCAACUAUUAAAAUCAACCUCCAGAUCA